AUGUUGCCGCGCGCAGCUCGUCGCCGAAAUGUUUUCCAUCAACUUCGCCAGUCCACGGAGCAGCUGGCUCUUCCAUGGCUCUGUCCGGCCACGCUUCGCUACCAUGCGCAAUUAAAUCGCCCCGAGACCAUUUCGAAUACAUCUGCCGCUGCGCAUUCAGAACAUCGUCGUCGGUCAUCUGUCUUUCAGCCGGCGCGACAUCUGGCAACGGCUGCCGAUGCCCCACCCCUUUCUCAGACCGGUGGUUAUGUUCCAUUUGAAAACUUCACAUAUGGUACCGCGGCGCAGGCCCCUAGUUUUGAGAGAACGGAGUCUCCCGAAUUUGCGCAGUCUUUAUAUGAUGAGCCCGCUAUCAUGAUACAAGAGGGCCAAAUGAUCACAUCGCCCAUGUUCAGGAGACUCAAGGGCGUUGGUGGCACAGUCGAGGAUUUAACUGCAAGGUUCAGUGCCUCUAUAAGCUGCGGGGACUUGGAUAUGGCCGCUUUAUCCCUCGAUCGCAUGUCCAAGUUUCCGAACAUCGACCCGGAUUUUUUUCUGGACUUGCAUAAUAACUACCUGGAGUCCGUCGUCGAUCAAAUGAUUAACACCAGACGGAGUGACGAGGCUUUGAGUAAAGCUCUGGCCAUGCAAACAUGGUUUGAAGUCAAGUUACCACGAGGAAGAACUCUACAGCCCGAUGCUAGAACAAUGGCUAUCAUGUUGCGUAUGGCUCUUCGAAUGCUUCAUGGUUCCAGGCGCGACCGUACAGUGAGGAGAUAUUGGAAUAUGGUCGUCGAGAAAGAGUUUGAAACCGAGGUUAUGGCGAUGUCAGACCUUUUGAACGACCGGGACUGGGGCGAGAUCUCACAGCUAUGCCCUAAUCAAAUACCAAACGACUUUGUCCAAUCUGAUUCCAAGUCUGGUUCUGCCGACGAUUUACGCCAAACGGACCAAAAAGGAUUGGGACUGUCUUCGCUACAAAGGACCCUUGCGGGAAUAUCUAACGACGCAGAAAGCAUAGACUCGGAUGCAGCCAAGCAACGUCGCCUUGAACGCCAGGUUUUGCUAGAGAAAAGAGCCAUUGAGACAGCCCAGCAGCGUUGGUACAAGGAAAUGGAUUCGCUAAAGGCUAAAGGAGUUGGCGAUGCCAGUAACAACAAGACUAUCAGCCUCAUAAUGGAAAAAUGGCACAGAGAUCUCGUUGAUAGCAUCAAACAAGAGCUUGUUCUUGUUGACCAGGAAAUGAAGAGGAACAAAUCCAGAGCCAGUGAUAAAUUCAGCAAGGAGCGACGAGAUUACGGCGUGUUUUUACGUUGCAUGCAACCGGAAACGUUGGCGGCGAUCACAGUCAUGCAUGUUAUUCAAAUAUUUACUCGAUCUGGUAUCCAGAAAGGUGUCAAAGUGCCUAUCAUGGUGACUGGCAUUGGAAAAGAAAUCCAGCAUGAACUCAUUGCUCAAAAGGUGCUCGCCCAAAAUCCAGAAGACCACAAGCGUCGCGAUGCGAUCAAGAAGAUAUUCGAAAAUCGUCACGGAAGAAAUGGAAGCAUGCGGUUUAAGAAAUUGAUGAAGGAGAAUGAGACGCUGAUGGACGCGGAUACCUUUUGGCCCGUGAACGUUUCUGCCAAGGUUGGUAGCGUCUUAAUGAGGUUAUUCUUCGAUGUCGCAAAGGUUGCAGUCCCACAAGUGGACCCGAAAACAAAGGAACAGUUCAUGUUCAUGGAAGCAGCUUUCCAGCACUCAUACGAAAUAGAUCGAGGCAGGAAAUUCGGUGUGCUGCACACCCACCCGGAGGUAUCUCGAAAACUUGUACGUGAUAGACCAUCGGUUCUGCAAGUUCGUCAUAUGCCUAUGCUGUCAGAGCCCAAGGCCUGGACCGGGUAUCAAGACGGUGGGUUCCUGGGUCAUCCUAGUCAGAUAAUGCGCUGUGCCCCGACCGAUGGGCUUCAAAAAGCCUACAUCAAAAAGGCCUUGGAGGAUAACGGCCUUCCUGAGAUCCGUGCCAGUUUAGACAUCUUGGGAAAGACAGCGUGGACAAUCAACGGUGCCGUGUUUGCCGUCAUGAAAGAAGCCUGGAAUACUGGGGAGGAAUUUCCGAACAUUCCUCCCCUAGACCCCAAUCUGCCCAAGCCUAGGCCGGCUAAAGAUGAUUCUCCGGCGGAGCAGGCAUAUUACAACAAACAACUUCGAGAUCUUGAAAACACUGUGUCUGCUCUCCAUUCACAAAGGUGCUUCAUGAACUUUCAAAUGGAAAUUGCGCAGGCCUAUUUAAACGAGACCUUCUUCCUGCCUCACAAUAUGGACUUCCGGGGCCGGGCUUAUCCUAUUCCGGCUUACCUCAAUCAAAUGGGGGCAGAUAAUGCCCGUGGUUUGUUGCUUUUUAAGAAGGCGAGGCCAUUGGGCAAGUCUGGCUUAAGUUGGCUCAAAGUCCACACUGCCAAUGUAUUUGGUUUCGACAAGGCUUCUUUCCAGGAGAGAGAAGAGUUUACCGAGAAACAUCUGGACGAUGUGCUUGACUCGGCCAAUAAUGGCCUACACGGUAGAAGAUGGUUCUUCCAAGCCGAAGAUCCGUGGCAAUGUCUUGCUGCUUGCUUAGAACUGCGUAACGCGCUUCGGCUGGAGGAUCCGACUCAAUACAUGUCACAACUACCCAUUCACCAGGAUGGUUCAUGCAACGGCCUCCAACAUUAUGCGGCUUUAGGAGGAGACUUGCAAGGUGCCCAGCAUGUCAAUCUCGAGCCGGGUGAACGACCAAAGGAUAUUUAUACUGGUGUUUGUGAUCUUGUUAUCGCACAGUUGGCCGAAGAUGCAGCCAAGGGGAAUGAACUCGCACAGUCUCUUCAGGGUAAGAUGAAGCGAAAGAUCGUUAAACAGACCGUCAUGACAAAUGUGUAUGGCGUUACUUUUAUUGGGGCAAUCCGACAGGUUAGACGACAACUGGUUGCUCACUAUCCUGACCUUGAGGAAUUGUCAGCGGCCUCGAUCUAUAUCACUCGUGCAAUUUUUAAUGCCCUUGGCUCAUUGUUUGGCGGUGCGCACUCGAUCCAGUAUUGGCUGGGCGAUUGCGCCUCGCGAAUUUGUCAAUCGAUUUCUCCCUUUCAGCUCGAUGAGCUCGCAAAGAGGACUCUGAGCGAGGCAAAGGAACAAAAUGUUCGGGGCGAGGAAGAGCACGAUGAGGAUGAGAUGGAAGAGGAGGAGGAGGAAUUUGAAAUGAAUCCGGUCAAGAUGUUUCGAGCUCCUGUCAUUUGGACGUCACCUCUUGGGCUUCCUGUCGUUCAACCCUAUCGCACCGUCAAGACUCGCCGCGUUUACACCUCUCUUCAGUCGCUGAAUCUUCAACAAGAUGAUGGCGGUGCAGGAGGUGUUGUGAGCAAACGCAAGCAACUUCAAGCUUUUCCGCCUAAUUUCAUUCACUGCCUGGAUGCUACGCACAUGAUGCUGUCUGCAAUCGAGUGUGAUCGCCGAGGACUCACGUUUGCUGCCGUCCACGAUUCAUUUUGGACUCAUGCGGGCGACGUUGAUACGAUGAACUCUGCUCUACGUGAGGCCUUUAUUCGCAUGCAUAGCGACAACAUCACGAAGCGACUGGCAGCCGAGUUUAAUGUUCGCUAUGAUGGGUAUCUGUUCUUGGCGAAAUUCCCGUCAAAGAGCCCCAUUGCCGUGAAAAUCGUACAGAAUCGGAGGAAGAACAGGUCGACAAUGUUGUCUGAGGUGGUGCUGGAAUACCAGCGCCAGACGCUGCUUCGUUCCGACGACCCAGAAAUGCAAGCCCAGGGCCGGGCCAUGACGACGGGUGCGAGUAUCUUUGAAGAGAUGAACGGCUCCAAUGAUGACAUUGCCAUCCCAUCGACUCUCGGCGAGACAGCGACGGGCGCCAUUAACGAGGAACGAAAAGAAUCGGGCAGAGUCUACUCGGCUGUGGAUGAGAAAGACCCAGCCAUUGCCAGUCUAUUCACAGAUCUCGACCCGCAAUUCCUCGAGUUUGAGAUCACAAAAACAGAUGAUGAGUCGGAGCCAAAGGCCGCAGAGGAAAAUGUUGCGCCAAAACGUAACCCACCUAAUACAUUUACUUGGGCCUGGCUCCCACUCACCUUUCGUGACGUCCCUGAGAAGGGAGAAUUCGACGUCAACCGGCUCAGAGAAAGCAAAUAUUUCUUCAGUUAG